UUUCAAUUUUAUUUUGGCGCCAGGAGAAAUGAAAUAUUUUUCAAAUGUUAAAAUACCAAUAUUAAACAAAGUUCUUACUUACAAAAAAAAUAACUAUUAAAACAACUAUGCAAAAAUCCAAUGAUUGGCGUAACAAAAGUUACUUUUCUUUAUUAAAUGAGAGCUCUGCUCAUCAGUACAAAACUUCUCUUCAAAGUUCAUCGAACAUCACAUCACAACUCCUGCUGCAAGAGUCUUGGGCAGCUAACAGCCAGGCUCUAAAUGAUAAUGCAAUUGGUAAUAUCUUAGAUUCAACUAAGCAGCUCUUAAAGAAUUCAAACGCUCAAAAUGGAAAAGAAUCCUCUUGGAAAAGUUCCAUAUGCGACAUGCCUAAUCCACUCACACUGUUUGAAAAAUCUGUCCAGUGUAAAAAAUGCACAGAACCCAAAAAGAUAAACAUAGACUUUAUGAAGGCAGAUUGCCACUGUGAACCUCCUGUUUCACAAUCAGAAAUAAUUAGCAAAGAAUCCUCACAGAAUUCCAGUCAGGAAUCUAAAGAAGAUGUGAAACUUUUUAAACCUAAAUUCUCCAAUUCGAGACCCAAAAAGUCUGUGCCAAAUAAAUUUGUACCAAUUUCUAAUAAAACGAGAGAUUGUGCAAUAAAUAAGAAUAAACAAUAUUCACAAAGUAAUAGAAAUAGUCAAGAAUACAACAUAGAAGUAGAUAAACUUAAGUCUAGUGUAAGUAUGGAAUAUUUUGGUACUAAAGAUUGUACUACAAAUAAGACCAAAUAUUCUAAAAAUAAUGAUAUGGUUCAAGAAUAUGAUAUAGAUGCAGACAAAGCAAUCCUAAGUACAAGCAAGGAUGUUGAUAUGGAAGAAAAGGCGCAUAAGAGCCAAGUUGCUAAAAUAACAUUUAAAACUGCUAAAGAACAGCUGCUGGCGUCUAACCCUGCUGCUCGGAGGGUGUUGGGUGCUUCAAGGAAGGCCCAGGCAAAAUUUGUGUGCCCAAUGCUUGGAGCUACAGAUAAACAAGAGACAAGUGAAUCUGAAAUAUCAGAUGAAAGGCUAAAACAUAUUGAUCCAAAGAUGAUAGAAUUGAUUGAGAGUGAAAUCAUUGAUAAGGGAACUCCUAUUGGCUGGGAGGAUAUUGCAGGACUGCAAAUGGCCAAGUCAGUGAUACAAGAGGCAGUGGUGUGGCCGCUACUUCGUCCUGACAUCUUCACCGGGCUGCGUCGACCGCCGCGCGGUAUUCUACUGUUUGGACCUCCGGGGACUGGGAAAACUCUCAUUGGUAAAUGCGUCGCCACGCAGUGCCACGCAACUUUCUUCAGCAUAUCGGCGUCUUCGCUGACCUCCAAGUGGAUCGGCGACGGGGAGAAGAUGGUGCGCGCCUUGUUCGCCGUCGCGAGGUGCCAUCAGCCCGCGGUGAUAUUCAUAGACGAGAUCGACUCACUGUUGACUCAGCGCAGCGACUCGGAGCACGAGGCCACCAGGCGCAUCAAGACCGAGUUCCUUGUCCAGUUCGACGGAGCCGCUACUGAUGAUGAAGACCGUCUGUUGAUAGUGGGUGCGACGAAUCGCCCGCAAGAAUUGGACGAAGCCGCGAGGCGACGCCUUGUUAAGCGGCUUUAUAUACCACUGCCUGAUAUUGACGCACGAAAACAGAUAAUAUCAAACCUACUAAGGGACGAGAACCAUGACCUAACCGACCAAAACAUGUCAGAGAUAGCCGGGCUGACGGAUGGCUACUCGGGGGCUGACAUGAAGUCCCUGUGCUCGGAAGCGGCCAUGGGGCCCAUACGCUCCGUGCCUCUGUCGCAAAUCGUCACCAUUGAUAGAGAUAAGGUUCGUCCGGUCAACAUCCAGGAUUUCCAAGCUGCGCUCCAUCGUGUGCGGCCGAGUGUGUCGCAGGACGACCUGGGCCAGUACGUCAAGUGGAAUAACACUUAUGGCCAAGGAUUUUAAUUAAUAAAAUGUUCCUUUAUUAUUA